AUGGAACAUUUAAAAAAAUCCAUUGAAAAACAACAAAGUGUUUUUACCACUUACAAGAAGGACUCAGAACUGGUGACAAAGUUGAGUUUUAAACUUUGUGAAUGUAUGGCAGAAAAGGGAAAGCCUUUCAGUGACGGAGAUUUUAUUAAAAACUGUUUGACAAUAUUUACAGAAUAUGCAUGCCGAGAGAAAAAACAUUUGGAGGAGCAAACCAGCCUUUCCCGCUUUACUGUUUCCUGCCGAACAAAUGAUCUUUCAGAUAAUAUCAAAGAAACUUUGAAAGAGAGAUUGAAAUCGUGUGAAGCUUUCAGUCUGGCAUUGGAUGAGGGCACUGAUAUCAGUGACACAGCCCAACUUGUCAUUUUCAUCAGAGCUGUUACUGCUGGCUUUGAUAUUGUUGAAGAGUUUUUAGAUAUGGCCAGCCUUUACUCCACCACCACAGGACAAGAUAUCUGUGAACAAGCGCUCAAGGUUUUGAAAACGUUUGAACUUAAUACUGCUAAAUUGUGUGGUGUUACAACAGAUGGUGCUCCUUCCAUGACAGGUAGGACAAAUGGAUUUACCAAAAAAUUUCUAAAUGCGUUGAAGCGGUUGGACUUUUCUGCUGUACGUUGGCUCAGUAGAGCAGCCACUCUGAAGAGGUUCUGGAAUCUGCAAAAGGAGAUAAAGUUCUUUAUGGAGAGCAAACAUCAGAAUUUCGCCUUCUUGAGCAAUGAGAAUUUGUUGAAUGACUUAGCAUUCAUCACAGACAUUACACAGCAUUUGUAUGAUCUGAACAUAAAACUACAAGGAAAAAGCCAGCUUGUGAAUAAGAUGUUUAAGCAUAUUUGUGCUUUUGAGAAGAAAUUGGAACUUUCUCAGGUUCAGAUAAGUAAAGCAAUAUUGACUCAUUUUACGUGUCUUGCAAACAGAUUUACAGAUCUUGGACAAAAUGGAAUUAAAUUGAAGUUGUUUGCUCAACCCUUUGAUUUGGUAGUGGAAGACUGUCCUGAUGGUUUCCAAAUGGAACUCAUUGAGUUGCAGGCUGAUAUGGAAACCAAGAGAAAAUAUUCUGAAAACAAUUUGGUAGAUUUUUACAAACUCUAUGUUUGUGAAAAGUAUCCCAAUUUGUUCCGUCAUGCAAAAAGAAUGACCUCUCUCUUCGGUAGCACCUACUGCUGUGAACAAUUUUUCUCCAAAAUGAAGCUCAUCAAAAACAGAUGUAGAAGUCAGUUGACUGACGAGCAUUUGACCAGUCAGUUAAAGGGUUGCUACAACUUCUGUCAAAGAUGA